AUGUGGAAAGCCUUGAAUCUCGCUCUUAGUGGCGCUGCAUUGUUCUCCAGACUCGCUCUGUCUCAGAGUCCAUCGGCACUUCCAAUCGUUGAUCUCGGCUACGAGCUGCACCAAGCUUCGACUUUCAAUUCUACGGGGGCCUUCUACAAUUUUUCGAACAUAAGGUAUGCUCAGCCUCCCGUAGGCGACCUGCGAUUCCGCGCCCCAGUCCCUCCUCAUGGCAGAAAUACCACAGUGGAUAAUGGCAGCGUGGGAAGGAUAUGUCCGCAGGCAAAUCCUGCUUGGGAGCUGAUCGCUGCCGUGUUUGACCCCGAUUACCUAGAGGGAAAGCCUUUCAAUCUAUCAGCAACCGUGGCAGGCCUAGCGAAUCAAUCCGGCUCCCUUCCCUCUCUGGACCCUCGGACGACGGAAGACUGUCUCUUUCUAGAUGUUGUCGUACCUCAAAACAUCUUGAAAUCGGCUUCGAACAGCAUGAACCUCACGUCCGGCGCCCCAGUCCUGGUGUGGAUUUACGGUGGGGGAUACACUGCAGGGGAUAAGAGCGCACACAGCCCCGCAGGCUUGAUCCGGGCGAGCCAAGUCAAUGAUACUCAAGGAAUAAUAUUCGUUGCUAUGAAUUAUCGUCUGGGGGCUCUUGGAUGGCUCGCAGGUCCCACUCUCCAAAGCGAUGGGACAGCUAACGCUGGCUUGUACGACCAACGUCUUGCUCUUCAAUGGGUCCAAGACAAUAUUCAUAUAUUCGGCGGUGACCCAAACCGAGUCACCGUGAUUGGCGAGUCUGCCGGAGGUGGAUCUAUCAUGCACCAAAUUACCGCUUUCGGCGGGCUUAAGGGUCCCGCACCAUUCCAACGCGCUGUCCUGCAGAGCGCCGCCUUCCAAAAUAUCGUAUCUAAUCUUCAGCAGGAGACCACAUUCGAUGCUUUCCUCUCGUUGCUUAAUGUUAGUACGAUUGAGGAAGCUAGGCAACUUCCGUCAAGCGCCUUGAUCAAGGCCAACAUCAUUCAGGUGGCGAACUCUUCGUACGGAGAAAAUUCGUUUGGGCCUGUGGUAGAUGGCUUGUUCGCCCCAGCGAUCCCAGGGAAAUUACUUCUUCAGGGCUCCUACGACCACAGCCUGACUCUCAUGCUGGGGCACAACGCUGAUGAGGGUCUUCUGUUUACGAAUCCUGCGAUAGGGAACGAUACCACCUUCAAUACUUAUCUCUUGAGCGCUUUUCUUACCAUCAACCCCAGCGUUGCGGAUUAUAUUGAGAACGUGCUUUAUCCACCCACCAUGCCUGGCACCCUGGGAACUACUGGUUAUUCCGACGAGACCGGUCGAGUCGAUUUGAUUAUCUCGGAGUCUACUUUCACUUGCAAUACUUUCUAUCUUGACAAAGCCUUCGGCAAUCAGACAUACGCAUAUCAGUUUAGCGUGCCUCCCGCCCUUCAUGGGCAAGAUGUCGCGUAUACAUUCUUUAACGGUCCCAGCAGCUCUGUGGUCAGCGUGCCUAUCGCUGUAGCGCUUCAAGAGUACAUCACCAGCUUUGCUAUCAAUGGAGGCCAGCCAAGUGGACCCUCGCUUCCAAUGUUCCCUAUCUAUAGCAAUGCGAGUGACAUUAUCGAUUUGAAUGCCACAAGUAUUACCGAGAUCAUGGAUCCCAUUGCUAACUCUCGUUGCGACUGGUGGCAGAAAGAGUUAUACGUAUGA